AUCUAAGGCUUGCGCCCGCACCGAGCCGUGCUCUCGACCCCGAGUAUGAUAUUAUUAUACCGUACCCUUGCCCCCUCCCCCCCAACAAUACCCAUUGUUGAGUCCUCCGACCCACAUUACCCCUGCCCCUAUCGUGUUGCGGCUACCGUAUGGCAGGCAUCCAGUCUAACUCGCCAACAGGAAACAAACACCACCCCGGCACGCCCAGAGCGCCCUUUCUUUGUGAACUGCAUGGAAAGCCAAGAAAUCCCUCCUGAUGCCGAACCAUCCACUUAACUUAGUAACAAUCCUCCAACCUGUAUUAUUCGUGGAGUAUCGUACCGGUACCGGUACAGGGUACAGGACGCUGAGAAUUUUUAACCCUAGGCCUCUCACUUGCUCGUACAUUAUCCCCCCACGCGCCGCACUCUUCAACCUCUGUUCGUCCCCGAGAAGCCUUGAAAGUGCUUGACAAAAUAGUAUCCUACAUCAUCCUUAUUCCAUUGCCGUGUCCCCGCAACCCCCCUCCUUCUCGCCCCCUAUAGAGCUCCCCUCCAAGCCGCCCAUUCAAUGGACUCUCCAAUAUUAUCGCCCACCAUGAGCCCACCGAGGCGAAGAGGGAGAUUCUCUUGCCGACGGAUCGACAAGCUGUGCUGUGCUCUUACAACCUGCUUUCCGCUACUGCUCGUCUAUAGCACACUUUCCUGGGCCGUCUAUACAUAUUCCUACAGCAUCUGCUGGCGGAGUGUUGGCGGGUUGAAAGGUAUUGCUCUGUCCCUUAAACCCUUGGUGUUUGGCAGGGGUGAUCGGUUGUUGAUGGGGCUUUUUGGGAUGGAAAGCCUACCGCUAUUUCCGGAUCGACAGAUUUUGCUGACGAUUGCCUUGACCGCGCCCAGGUGGUGUAUUGGGUUUCGUGGGAUUCGCCCUGUGCGCUCUCGCGAACUGGUCCUACACCGCUGCUGUUUUUACGAACCCCGGAUCUCCCAUGGACACGGUACGUACGCGAAUGCAACCUCCCCCCCCCUUCACUAUCCAUUCACUGCCCUCGCACUGUGUGUUUGCUGACCCCCCGCGCCUGGCCCGUUCUUGCAGGACAAACACGCGUACUCCCAUCUCCCCACCACUGAGACCGCUUACCAUUCCUCCAUCACCGUGAAGUCCAGCGGGCAGGAGCGCUUCUGCAAAAAGUGUGAAUGCCGGAAACCGGAUCGUACUCAUCACUGCUCGACAUGUCGGAAAUGUGUGCUGAAGAUGGAUCACCAUUGCCCGUGGCUGUCCAACUGCCUCGGACUCUACAACUACAAAGCCUUUAUCCUAUUUCUCAUCUACACCUCCGUCUUCUCCCAGUUGUGCUUCGUCGUUUCAUCCAUAUAUGUUUAUCGGGAGCUCUUUGCUACUGGCCAAGGCGAAUAUUCACCGGAAGACAUGACGCCCGUUAACUGGGUCAUCUUGGCAGUGGUUGCGGGUAUAGUUGGACUGGUCCUCGGCGGAUUCACCAUAUGGCAUUUAACUCUGGUAGCUUCCGGGAUGACGACAAUCGAAUCGUUGGAGAAGGUCCGUUAUAAUUCACCCACAUUAUCUCGUCGUUGCGCGCCCCCUCCCGGAGAUGCUCAUCACCUCUACGACGAUCCUAACUACCAGGACAGGCAAGAAAACAUUGAAGCCUUCCAGCGAUACAAUGCCUACAUAAUGGAGGAAACAUCUAAUAAUCUGCCACACGCAUUCAACCUCGGCCGGAGGGGGAACUUCCGGCAGGUGUUUGGGGGGAAAGAUCGGUGGAUGAAAUGGUUCAUACCCGUAUUUUCUGGCAUCGGAGACGGUUGGAAUUGGGAAACAAGUAUUGAAUGGAAGACCGCGGCAGAGGCCAUGAAGAAGGAGCGGGAGAGGCUAGCUCGUGAGCAGGGAGAAAGGGAGCGUCGUGCGGGUUGGGGACGUGGAGCGCCGGGUUCGGGGGGCAAUCGGAAUGGGGGGAAUCCUAAUGGCCUUGUAAAGCAUGCCACCACCAACGGCAGUGCUCAUUUGCAACAAUCCAAGGCGGAAAGGAUUCUUGGAAGGAUUCCCGGCAGCUACAGCGAUCACGACAUGACAGGAAGUGGAGGUGAGAGAGUCCCUCUGAGAAGGAUGAAUAAAUCUUCGGAAGAGGUGGGCCUUAGCGAUGAUGACGACGUUGACUGUAACGUAGACCUAGAGCAGGGGGAGCAGAGCACAGGCAAUUCUUGGGCUUCCUGGCGCCCCGGCUCGGCAGGCACGGAAACAGUUGCAGGUAGAUGGGUAUAAACGGGUCAGUUAAUUAUUAGAGUUUCCAAAAAAAAAAUGUCGUUUUUCCCUAUUUUUCUCACUUGUCAUUAUUUGUGGGGAGCGCGGUGACCAGCAUAUUCUUCGGGGCGUUUACGUUUUUUCUUGUCUCUUUUUUUUUUCAUUUUUUUCACCAUUUUAUUUUUCAUUUUAUUUUUUUCCCCCUUCCAAGUGAAUGAUGGAUGAUGAAGGGAUGGGGAGUAUUGGAUUCUUAUAGUAUAAUAGGAUUGGUUCCGGCGGUGGGAACGUGAGGGAAUAAGUUAGUCCGUGCAUGAAUACUGGUUACGCUCACAACGAAAAAUUCUUUUCUUUGCUGUAGUAUCAUACGGUGUCAUAUAUGGUUGGCCUGUUUUCCUGGUAUGAAUAUCCUGUCCAAGACUAUUGUUCUAUUUGCCGGCAUUGCUCUUGUCCUGGUGCAAGUCUCGGUGCUGGUAUAAUGGUAGCGGAUGGUGGUGGCGUUCUUAGUUUUGAGCAAUUGGGUAUCGUGCUAUCAGUACUGCACUGUACAGUACAGCCAGUUCUUGUACGAGUACUGGUGCUGGUCCGGCCAGC